AUGACGGGAUUGGACUGGAUCGUUUCGGGACGCUAUAAGACCGGCAGCAACAACACAUCUAAACCAUCUUGUUUAGUUUCAGCUCAUGAAUCUUUUGAUGCCAAAUUGGAAGAAGUUACUACCAUCCCAGAGCCUUGGAACCGUGAACAACAGAUUUGCGAUCAUUUAUACAAUGCAACCGUUUCAAGGAGACCUUGCGGCAGAAUAGUUGUCAAAUUCCCUUUCAAGAAUGAUCCAGCGUGUUUGGCCGAGUCACAGACUACGUCAUUGCGACGAUUCAAUGCACAAGAACGUCAAUUAGCCAAAUCACCACAAUUGACACCACAGUACGUUGAAUUUAUGAACGACUACGAGAGCCUGGGUCAUAUGAGCAUUGUAAAGAAUCCGAACCUCAGCGAACCGCAUUAUUUCAUACUACAUUAUUGCGUUCUUAAACCAACAAGUACAACAACAAAGCUUGGAGUCGUAUUUAACGCCUUCUGUUGA